AUUUUGCAUGUGGCAUAUCUUGCAAAAACUUCCUGAACAUUUCGCUCAUGUUUUAGAUAAGUAUCCCACAUUUCAAGAAGACUUUCACCAUUGCAUUCAUGACACAGUCACAAUAGAAGAAUUUGAAAAGGAAUGGACCCAAUUGAUUUGCAACUAUGAUUUAAAGGAGAUUGAUUGGUUAAAGGAAUUAUACGUGCACCGUGAAAAUGGAUUCCAGCUUAUUUACGGAAAGUGUUUUGUGCUGGGAUGUCGACAACACAAAGAAGUGAGAGUAUAGACAAAUUCUUCAAAGAUUUUGUUCAUUCUAGCACAUUGGCAAGUGAUUUUGUUUACCAAUAUGAGAAAGCAGUGGACAAAAGCUAUCAAAGUGAGAAGGAUGAAGAUGUGAAAACGAGAACCACAAUAGCAAUUCUGAAAACAUGCUACAACAUGGAGGCUGAAGUGGCAAAAGUUUAUACUAGGAAAUUAUUUUUGUUGUUCCAAGUGGAGUUGUUUUAAAGUCAAAAGUUUAAGGCUUCUAAAUAUCACGAGGAAGGAACAAUGAAAGCAUAUAGGGUGGUGACAAGCAGGAAAGAAGAUCCAGUAUAUCACUUGGUGUUGGAUGUUUUUGAAAAUAAGGCAGUUUUUUCAUGCAAAAUGUUUGAAUUUGUCGGAAUUCUUUGUAUGCAUGUUCUUGCAGUUUUUGUUAAAAAAUCUCUUGUUGAUAAUCUCCCUCAAAAGUAUGUGCUUCGAAGAUGGACAAUAUUUGCAAAGGACCAGGCUUCACAUGAUGAGAAACAGUUUGAUGUGAAACAAGAAAACACCCAAAUUUCUUCUACUUUGAUGGGAAACAAUUUGAUGGUGGAGUUUUUAAGAGUUCUUGAAGAAGGACAAAAUUCAAAAAGGAAGCAUGACCAUCUUGCUCUUUCCCUACAGAAGUUGCAUAGUGAACUUUUAGCCAUGGAUGACGAGAGAUGA